AUGAGUAUAAGAAGUACUUUGGAUGCCAUUGUGGUAGCAUUAGAAAAGUCCAAGGUAAAGGAACCCGUUCAAAAGGAAACACCUGCUGCUACUACCGAUGCAUUCAUCUCAAUUGAUAGUAGACCUAAAUAUCACAGAGGGAAGAGGAUAUCAGGCUUCACACCACAUAAUAAACUGUCGUCGCAGCCGCGAAACUACAACAAGAGAAGAAAUGCUAAUCCUGUGACUGAUAAAGGUGCGAAGAAACCUAAAUUAAGUUGUAUUUUUUGCGCUGGACCACACUUCAAUGACGAGUGCACCUCGGUAAAGACAAUAGAAGACAGGAAAAAGAACUUAGUGAACCGAUGUUACGGUUGCUUAAAGAAAGGGCAUUGGGCACCCGAAUGUAAGAGACACAAGCAGUGUUUCCACUGUAAAGGCAAGCAUAAUCGUGCCCUAUGCCCAAAGCGAGAACCUGCAGAUGUGCCUACUAACUAUGGCCUAGCAUAUGGCAGGCUCAAGGGAUUAGUGCAACGACUGGAUAAGCCUACACUACAAGAAUAUAACGAGAUACUGAUGGAACAACUUAAGGCUGAGAUAAUAGAAGUUGUUCAAAAAGAUAGUGAGUUGCUAAAAAAGGUAGCGAACAAGUGUUAUGUUGAUAAUGUUGUGACUGGCACUAACACUUCAGAAGAGGCUGUCCAAUUAUAUGAUGAAACCAGAAAAACAUUUGAAGAACUCUCAAUGAACCUAAGAGACUGGACAUCAAAUGAUGAAUCUUUUACACAGACUGUACCUGAACAAUAUAGAGCAAAAGAGACAAACGAAAUAAAAGUUCUAGGCCUGCUGUGGAAUAAAAAAGAAGAUGUGCUUACAUUGAACAUAAAUAAAGAAGUUUUUACCGAUGGACCCUCAGAAGAAGUGACAAAAAGGGAAGUCCUAAGAAUAUUGGCAUCAGUAUAUGAUCCAUGUGGCAUAGUCUCUCCAUUACUCGUGCCAAUCAAACUGUUUCUACAGGAAUUAUGGAGAAAUGACUAUAAAUGGGACUCGCCACUGUCACAGGAACUAUUACAAAAGUGGAAGAAAAUUGAAAGUAACCUAGGGGAUAUAAAAGAGGUUAAAAUACCACGAUAUGUUGAAACCAAUGUCAGUGAAGGAUCUGAAAAUGAAUUACAUUGCUUUGCAGACGCUGCUAAAGACUCUUACGCAGCAGUAGUAUAUUUAAGAUCAAGCAAUGGUUCCGAAGUAAAGACAUCCUUUUUAUUAUCAAAAGGUAGAGUUGCACCAUUGGAAAAGAAAAAUAAAAAUGGGAAGAAGAAUGAAAGAAAACUCACUAUUCCACAACUGGAAUUACUCGGAUGUGUAAUCGGAAACCGUUUAUUGACAUACCUGAAAGAGACCAUAGAGUUACCCAUUGAUAGACAAUACUUAUGGACAGACAGCUUAGUGGUUCUCAACUGGAUUCACUCGAAUAAGCUUCUACCACCUUUCAUAGCCAACAGAAUAGAAGAGAUAAAGAGAAAUGUUGGACUAGAGACAUGCUAUGUAAAUACGAAAGAGAAUCCAGCUGAUAUUGCAACCCGACCUGAGCUCUGGAUGCAGAAGAAAAAUGUAUGGCUAGAAGGACCAUCUUUCUUAGCUAAAAGAAAGGAUGAAUGGCCGAAAGAUAUCCACCUCGCUAGCCACCAAAACCUAGCUUCCUUUCCUGCUGUAGUGGAGGGUCUGAAGGAACAGUCUUCAAAUAAUGACAUGUCUGUAGAACCUUCAGAUAAUGACAUACAGGUGGAACUUUCACAGAAUUACAUACCUGUGGAACCUGUUAAUGAUGAUGAUCCAAGGCCCAACCAGUGUGAAGUAAGAUCUCAGGUUCAGGAGAUAAAAAACCUGCAACAAAGAUUCUUUCCCGAUGAAAUAAAAGGCAAAAUGACGAACCUUAGUAGAAGUCUUGGACUAUUUACAGAUGUUGACGGACUAUUGAGAUGCAAGGGAAGAAUGAUGCAUGCUAAUUGGUCAUACGACAUGAGGUAUCCGAUUCUAUUACCUAGAGACUGCGAAUUCACAAAGAAAGUGGUACAAGAAAUACAUGAGAAGAAUUACCAUGUAGGAGCACCUCAUACUCUCGACCUAGUUCGUCAACAAUUCUGGAUUCCAAAAGGAAGACCGGUAGUGGAGAAAAUACUAAGAAAAUGUACUCAAUGUGUCAAGCAUGGUGGUGGCCCGUACCCACUGCCUACAACACCGGCCUUACCAGCAGAACGUGCCAAUUAUAGCACACCGUUCACUUAUACUGGAAUUGAUUAUUUUGGACUUGUCUAUGUAGAUACAGAGAAUGGACAGCAAAAGAGAUGGAUAUGUCUUAUGACAUGCUUAGCAGUGAGAGCCAUACACAUGGAAGUCGUUAAGAACUUAACUACAGAUGAGUGUCUUAUGGCUCUGAGGAGGUUUAUGGCUACAAGAGGUGUACCAGUAGCAAUAGUUUCCGACAAUGCACUGUACUUUAAAUUGAGCUCUGAAAUCCUUAAGAGUGAACACUGCGUCAAGAAUAAUAUCAAAUGGAAGUUUAUUCCCCAACUAGCGCCAUGGCAUGGUGCAUUUUAUGAAAGACUAGUGGGGUUAGUGAAGCAUUGUAUGAAGAGAACCUUGGAGAAACUGUUACUUAAUGACACACAACUUCUUACUGUCAUUAAAGAAAUUGAGGCUGUUGUUAACAGUCGGCCUUUGACACGAGUAGGCCCUGACAUGGAUAUAGUUCUUAGACCAUGUGACUUUUUAUCUCUAGGACGGUGUCUAAAUUUGGAGAUCUCAGAGAAUUAUAAACCUGACCAAGCUGACACUCAAGUGAAACAGAACGUCUUAGACAGUUGGAAGAGAAGUCAGAACAUGUUGAACCAUUUCAAGAACAUGUUUAUAAACCAAUAUUUGAUGAGCCUAAGAGAAAGGUAUCAACACAGUCACAAGCAACCAAGAGUAAAAUCACACAAGGAGCCAAAUGUUGGUGAUCUAGUUCAGAUUAAAGGCGAAACUAGCAACAGAAACAACUGGAAGGUUGGCAAGAUUGUCCAAUUGAUAAGAAGUUCUGAUGGAUACUGUAGAGUAGCACAAGUUAAAGUAGGAGACAGUAUCUUCAAACGGUCGAUUGGACACCUAUAUCCUUUAGAAUUGGAACAUUCACCUUCGGCACAGGGACAUGUUGAAACUGUUGAGUCAAGAGAACCUCAAGACAGAGUUCAAAGAUGUAUACCAAGUGAGUCCGACACAAGUCAAACGAUUGAAAUACCAGAGGCAAAUGAGCAAAUUGAGAUUGUAAAGGAGAGUCAAGGAAGUUCAGAGGUAAUACCUAUCCAAUCUAUAGAAGAAGAGAGAGGGAUUAAUGAUGAUUGUCUUAAUGAAAGAGUAUCCACAACACCCUUACAAACAUUACAAGGAGAAACUGAUGAGAUUUCUCACCCAGUGGAAGAUGUAAGCCAUAAGACCGAGAUAGUCAUGCAAGAUGAAAGUCAGCCACGAGAGGAGGUAGUGAGACGAGCCGCAGCGAUACGAGCAAGAGAAAAGAUCGCAGAGUGGACUCGUCAACUUUUCGCUAUUCUAUAA